UUUUGUUUCUUUGCUUGUAUGAACUACGAGGAAUGGUACCGAUCAAGUAAAUAAAAGUAAGUAGACUAAAGGUAUCAGUCGCCUCUAUCCAAUGGGUGGAGGUGCUACGGUCGGAUAUCACCGGACAUUGGCUCCGGUGUAUUUCUCAGCAAGGUAUGGACUUCAGCGGAGGUCCUCCGCAGAAGCAGCAUCAGGAUAUUAGAAUCCAGGACCUGUGGUCUCCUGUGACACCAGUGAAAAAUAUCCCAACAAGAAGGAAAUUAGUCUCCAGCCCUAGCUACAGCCAAAGGAACCAAGUCGCUGAACCAAGUUGGCUUGAUCCUUUGUCCAGAGUUCAGGCUUCAACUCCUUGGGAGCUUUCUUUCCAAAAUGGAGUUUACAGCACACCAGAUCUUCCCGACCACCUGCAAGAUCUUAAUGGUAGUCAGGCAGUUGCACAAGAUUCUGCAAACCGGUCAACAAUUGGUAAUUUCAUGCCUCAUUCAGCAAGCAUUAGUAGCGGCAAUGCUGUUUUGAUGAACCGUUGGUCUCCAAAGCUCAGCAAAAUACGACCUUUGACUCCCUUCUUAGCGAAGAAUGGAUAUUGCCAGGUGAUGCCUGCUUCCUCAAAUCAGUUGCUACUACAUGGAAAGGUUUUGCUUCCCCAAGGAUGUUGUAACAGAAGCAGCAAUUGGGAUGGUCAGAAAGCUCAAUAUGGAUCAACAGUUACCCACCCUCCUAAUCUAAAUUCUUUUCCAGAAUCUACUAUUAGUUUUGCUGGGACGGGGGCAAUGCCCGGUUUGCUAAAUCAUAUCAACCCCGAAUUUUACAGUCAAAGAAUGCAGUAUAAACAACAAUUUAUGGAGGUCAUUGACCUGGUUAAUAACCAGGCAAGAGAAGAAACUUUGCCUAUGAAGGAGAUGCCUGCUGAUGCGUCCGUCUCAAAUCUGAUGGCAACAGCCGAGUUUGAUUGCUUCCAAAAUCCGGAUUGUAUAAAGGACUUGGCUGUUCUAUCUGACGAAAUCUCCUAUCAGCUAACAGGAAUGGAAAAGAGCCUUGUGCAGAGAGAAAAUGAAAGCAUAGACCUGGAUGAUGCUUCUAAACAUAAACCAAAAAGGAAGAAGCACAGACCCAAAGUGAUUAUAGAAGGAAAACCUGCAACGACACCUAAACCAGGAACUCCAAAGCCAAAGACACCCAAAGCAGCACGAAAUAAAGAAAAAGCGUCGGGUAAAAGGAAAUAUACCAAAAGAAAGAAAGAUACAACGCCUUGUUUGGAUUCAAAUGCUUUCGGUGAGAUUGUGGAUGCAGAAAGCCAGAGUGGGUCUAUGUCUGUGAGGAGAAGCUUGAACUUUGAUUUAGAUGAGCCACAGACAGUAGACAAAUUUCCGUUUUUGUUGACAAUGUUUAUGCAAAAUUUAGAGAAAUAUGAGCAAGAGACCUGCGAGGAUAGCAAUUUGGCAAGCUUUAGCUUCAAAGAAACAGUUGAUUCUACUGGAGUACAAGGUCCUAUAGUGGAGAAUUCAUUAUCAGGAAUUGUCUACGAUCUCAGAAGUUCAACAAGUGAACCUCAGAAUGAGUACUUAAAAAUACUACAGACUUUGCCAUCAACCACAGAAAGCCAAAAUGUAGGAGCUUCAGACAAUAAUGUCAAUUCCAAUGGUGUCUUUGAUACUCCACCUAACGGAAAAAAGAGAAAUCACUGCCUUACUGACGAAGCUUGGGGGUUAGUGAAAAAAAAUUUGAUGCAUUCGGAUGAUGGUGGAUGCUCGUCUAGCAAAAACCAUGAUGUAGAAAGGCAGAGCUCAAGCCUUCUGGACAUUAAAAAAACGAUGCGCAUGGAAAAUGGGCGCAACCGGUCAACAUGUAACCCUUCUCCAAGAUUGACAUACACUCCCUCAACUGGUUGGAAGACCAUACAAGCAUCAACUAAUUCUCAAGCGUUAACAUUUACUGAUACAGCGAAGCUCAUUGCCCAAGAGCAGUUACAAACUUUAGAGCGUGUGUUAUUACGUGAGAAAGCAGAUGUGAAUACACAUAAAUAUCCUGUUAUAAGCAAUGACCUGAGCUCCUUAAGUGGAUUAAUGGUUUACAACAGGAACUCAACUCCAGUUAAGCCAUAUUUGCAGAAGAAUAAUGACAUAAGACAACCAUCAACCCCUGACAAACCAUCUGUUUAUAGCAACAGUCAAGAAAGCAAGAUCUGUGGAACACUAGUGCAAUUUGUGACAUCUGAAGAUGUAAACAAGCCAGUGAAAAUUAAAGGUAAAAGAGGCAGGAAGAAGAAAGAAGAAAACCCUCUGAUCAAUCCUUGUAUUUCCGCAAGUAGCACUGCUGCUGCUCAAGGUCAACUAAAUACCAGGAUAACCACAACAACCUCAACGCAUUUGCAUGGCAAGAAUUUACAUUCUGAAUUCAUUUCAUUUAGCCAGCAAGAUACAAGCAAUUAUAAAGCCUCAUCGAAUUCUAGUAUCCCUUCUUUAUCUCCGUAUAUGGAUUCUAUGGAUUAUAUUGUUCAGAAACUAAGGCGGCUCAGUAUAAAUGAAGAUCAUGAAGCACAAAAUGCAAUUGUCCCAUAUAUAGGGAAUGGGGGUGUGAUGGUUCCAUAUGAGGGCACUUUUGAGCUGGCCAAGAGGCGCCGUCCUCGUCCUAAGGUUGAUUUGGAUCCCGAAACAAAUAGGGUAUGGAAAUUGUUGAUGGGAAUAGAAGGUGAGGGAAAUGAUGGAACAAAUGUGGAUAAAGAAAUAUGGUGGGAAGAAGAAAGGAAAGUUUUUCAAGGGCGUGUGGAUUCAUUUAUUGCACGCAUGCAUCUUGUCCAAGGGGAUAGACGAUUCUCCCAGUGGAAGGGAUCAGUUGUUGAUUCUGUAAUUGGUGUCUUUCUUACCCAGAAUGUUUCUGACCAUCUUUCGAGUUCUGCAUUCAUGGCACUUGCUGCGAAAUUUCCUAUUCGAUUUGGAGGCAACUCUAGAGGUUCCAAUGCAGAAAAGGUCAAUACACCCAGGGAGAAUCAGAUCGAGUGCAUAACAUCACUUGCUGAAACUCCCAAUUCGCAAAGAAACAUUUUAGAUCAUGAUUUUUACAGCCAAGCUUCUUUGGAGAAAAAUGCUACUGAAAAUGAUGGCAAAAAGGAAAAUAGCAAUAGUAAUGAAACUUUUGGAAGUGGUACGGGAAGAAACAGUGUAGUUUUUUAUGCAGGAAAAAUUUUGGAAUCACAUGAAACAGAGCUUAGUUGUGGUCAAGAAUCGCCAAAUAGUGGGUCAAAUACUGCAGUCACAGUUGCAAGAAGUAUCAACUCAGUGGAGAUUGAGGAUAGGAGAUUACUGGAAGAAGUUGUUUCAUCCCAAAAUUCCGGAGUUUCUUCACAAAAUUCGAUGGGAUGUCAGAUUCUGUCCAGUGAUCAUAUUACAUCAAGCACAGUGUUGAAUAUAGAAACGGAUGAUUUGCUAAUUGGAAGUUUGAAUAAUGGCUUUGGCCACUCCUCAUUCACAGAACUUUUGCAAAUCGCAGAAAGCAACAAGUUCCCGGACUUUUAUAGCCAUGGUAGCAUGCCAAGUGCAAAUAGCCAAUUAAUCCAUAAGAUUUGUAAUAAAUUGUCUGUUUUUGAUCAUAUGGACAACUCAAAAGGUACAUGUCAACCUUACCAAGCUGAUUUCACUCUCCAUCAUACAUCAUUUGGUUUGUCAGAAAUGUUACCUGAGGCAGAGUUUUUAUAUUCUCGUAAUCCUUCUAACCUUACAAUCUUGGAAAAUAAUGCCAACACUUCAAAUGAAGAGAUCAGAUCUUCUUUACAAUCAAACUCAUGUGAAAUAGUUAGAGGUAAUAAAUUUGAAGUUAACAAUCUUGAAUGUAGAGGACCAGCAUUAGAAAAUUUAGCUGCUUCCGGCAGUCUCAACAAGAUUUUAUUAACUUCUGGAUCUGCAAGCGCUACUGAUUCAUAUGUGCCAAUAAGAAUUCCAAGUACAGAACAAUCAACCUUUUUAGAAACUGAGGUUGGUUUCAACCAGCAAUCUUUCAGUCAUAAAAAGUUAGAAGAGAGAACUGAUACAUCAUCAUAUAUUGAAAACUCACAUGUAUUCUCAAAUAUACAAGCUACAGAUAUGGCAAGAUCCCAGCAGACAGAUAGGCAUUCAACAUUCAAAGCAGAAAUUUCACAGAAAGCAAUCAGAGUUCCCAGCCAAAUGGAAAACAACACAAAUCCAAAAACAAGUUCAACCUCAAAUAAUAAAGUACAGAAUAAGUUGGAUGUGGGUCAGACAGUUGGAUCAAUCAUGAAAGAUGAAGCUAACAAAUUUCAAAAUGUUUCAUCAGAAACACCAAAACAAGGAGAAAAGGCUAGGAAGAGAAGAGCUGAGAGCGAAAAGAAGACCUUUGACUGGGAUAGUUUGCGCAAAGAGGUACACCGUAAUAAACCUAGAGAAGAAAGAAGCAGUGAUGCAAUGGAUUCACUUGACUGGGAAGCAGUAAGGUGUGCAGAUGUAAGUGAGAUAGCUGAAACCAUUCGAGAACGUGGGAUGAAUAAUAUGCUGGCAGAGAGAAUCAAGGAUUUCCUUAAUAGACUUGUUCGGGAGCAUGGAAGCAUAGACCUUGAAUGGUUGAGAGAUGUUCCACCAGAUAAAUCAAAGGACUAUCUCCUAAGUAUAAGGGGAUUGGGGCUGAAAAGUGCAGAAUGUGUCCGGCUUUUGACUCUACAUCAUUUAGCAUUCCCAGUUGACACAAAUGUCGGCCGGAUAUGCGUGCGGCUUGGAUGGGUACCACUCCAACCAUUACCUGAAUCCCUUCAAUUACACCUUUUGGAACUGUAUCCAGUAUUGGAAACCAUUCAGAAGUAUCUCUGGCCUCGGCUGUGUAAACUUGACCAGCGUACAUUGUACGAAUUACACUAUCAGAUGAUAACUUUUGGAAAGGUUUUUUGUACAAAGAGCAAACCUAAUUGCAAUGCUUGCCCAAUGAGAGGAGAGUGCCGACACUUUGCCAGCGCAUUUGCUAGCGCAAGGCUUGCACUUCCAGCUCCUGAGGAUAAAAGCAUAGUUAACUCCUCAUAUACAAUUGCCUCUGAGUAUGGAAUGGCUCCAGGUUUUAUUCCAAGUUCAAUUCCGCAGAUUGAAUGUAGUUCAGUCUCACAGGAGCUGACCAUUCGGAAGGACUCUGAACCAAUCAUUGAAGAGCCAGCAACACCAGAACCUGAAUGUCCAGAAACCUUAGAAAGCGAAAUAGAGGAUGCAUUUUUUGAAGAUCCUGAUGAAAUUCCAACAAUAAAGCUUAACUUCGAAAAGUUCACACAGAAUCUGCAGAACUAUAUGCAAGAAAAUAUGGAGCUCCAAACUACUGACAUGUCGAAUGCCUUAGUUGCUUUGACCCCAGACGCUGCAUCCAUCCCCAUGCCCAAGUUGAAGAACAUUAGCCGGCUGCGCACAGAGCACCAUGUAUAUGAAAUUCCUGAUUCACAUCCAUUGCUUGAAGGACUUGACCAAAGAGAGCCUGAUGAUCCAUGCCCAUACCUUCUAGCUAUAUGGACACCAGGUGAGACUGCUCAGUCAACUGAACCACCAAAAGCUUGCUGCGACACCCAAGAUACGGGUCAACUUUGUGACAGGAGUACAUGUUUUGCUUGUAACAGUAUAAGAGAAUCAGAGGCUCAUAAAGUCCGAGGAACUCUUCUUAUACCUUGUCGAACUGCAAUGAGGGGAAGCUUCCCACUAAAUGGUACCUACUUUCAAGUUAAUGAGGUAUUUGCUGAUCACCAUACGAGCCGUAACCCAAUUGACAUUCCAAGAGACUGGAUAUGGAACCUACCUAGAAGAACUGUUUGUUUUGGAACUUCAAUACCAACAAUAUUCAGAGGUCUCACAACAGAAGGAAUACAGCAGUGCUUUUGGAGAGGUUUUGUUUGUGUAAGAGGAUUUGAUCGAGUUACGAGGGCGCCGAAGCCCCUCUAUGCCAGGCUGCAUUUCCCAGCAAGCAAGGCACCUAAAAAUAGCAAAGAAAGGUUGGCGGCGGCGGCGGCGGCGGCGGCGGCGGCCGCGGCAGAUGAAUCGGCCAACGAUACCUCAGACCUAACUGGGAUCCAUCGAUAAUUAAGAAUGGAUCACUGACCAACGAAUUACUGUGUUCAUGGCAAAGCCUCUAACCUGAAGAAAGCUUGGCGACUAUCUCAAAAUUGGAGUUAUGGUAGGGGAGAAUGAAAGCCAUGAAUUUUGAUCUGUAACAUCCUGGCCAUUUAUUAUUUCAUUUCAUGCUCGGUGGUCGAGCCAUUCUUCAUGAUAGAUAAAACUGGAUGGUAAUUCAAUCCAUCCACUCUAUUUAUUUGUCAAACAUGCAUAAAAGAGAGGAAGUUGGAAGUUGCAAAACCUUCAGCUUUUCAACUGGUAAGGUAUUAUGCAAACUUAGCUCAGUUGUAUCAGUAGAACUUCGAUCUGUAACAUUCUAGCCAUUUAUUAUUUCAUUUCAUGCUCGGUGGUCGAGCCAUUCUUCAUGAA